AUGGGAGCUGCUUGUGCGUCAGGUCUGACGGUUUUCUCGCCAAAUCUGAAAGAUCACCCUGUGAAAGUACUCAUCGUUGGAAAACCAUCAACAGGGAAGACUUUCCUCUUGUACUCUUGGAAAUAUGGAGUUGAUGCCAUCCUCUCUGUGGAGCCAACAAGCCAUUUUAACGUAGACACAAUCACCACUCAGUCGGGGAGGAAGAUACUUGUCUAUGAUUUGGCUGGAAAUAUUGGCUUACGAAUGCGACCGUUUCUGGAAGGAACAAAUGGAGUAGUGUAUAUGCUUGGAUUGUACGGGCGAGAUGACUUUCUGCAAGAAGAUGAAAUGAUUUUUCUGCAACAACUUCUGCAAGAGAGGGAUCUGGAAAAUGCUCCAUUUCUAUUUGUAAUAAGAAAAGAAGGGAAUGAGAAUGAAGCUCAUCAAGAUCUGCUAGACAGAUUGCAGCAGUGUCUAAAGCAAAGAGUCUGGGAUUUGGUUGAAAUACGGUCUCGAAACCAAGAAGAUGCAAAUUUAGUUCUGACUGUUCUGGAGGAUUUGUUAAACAACACCACAAAUGCAGAAAGCUGA